AUGUCGACUGCAGAUAAUCCGGACCCCAGAAAACCUUCCAACUCCAAGACCACCGCCAAUUAUUCGACAUCUGACCGGAAUGACUCCCCGCUGACACCCUCGAUCUCCAAGCUAAGAAAGAUUCCUCCCAUCCCCCUCCGCCAUAGAGUUGAAACUGCAGAUGAUGAUGAUGGUGAUGAUGACCACCGUGAAAUUGACGAGUCUACAAGUGAAGACGACGACGAUUCACCAGUUAUUGACGCUUCGAUUUUGGGCCUCAAUCACAUACGAACCCGCUCCGCUCCGCUGCCUCUUAAGUCCUUGAAUUCGAUUGAGACACCUUCCAGUUCAGGCCGUCAUCCCCAAAACAACAAGAGCAACAAAGGCAAAAGAGUUCACUGGAGUCAAUCGAAAUCUCUUAGGGCUCCAUCACCUCGCAGGUCAGGGGUAGAGAGUCAUCAUGCAGCCUUUGCCAAAGAAAUGCAAUCCCCACGAUUCCAGGCUAUAUUGCGUCUUACAAGUGGUCGUAGGAAAAGAGUGCCAGAUAUCAAGAGCUUCUCCCAUGAAUUGAAUUCGAAAGGAGUCCGAGCAUUGCCAUUUUGGAAAUCACGCGCAUUUGGGCGCAUGGAAGAAAUCAUGGUACUGAUUCGAGCAAAAUUUGAUAAGUUAAAGGAAGAAGUUAACUCUGAUUUGGGUAUUUUUGCUGGAGAUUUGGUUGGCAUACUUGAGAAUACGUCAGACUCUCAACCUGAAUGGAAAGAAGGUUUGGAAGAUUUAUUGGUAGUUGCCAGGCAAUGUGCAAAGAUGUCACCCAAUGAAUUUUGGCUGAACUGUGAAGGCAUUGUUCAGAAAUUAGAUGAUCGCCGGCAAGAGCUUCUGAUGGGAAAGUUGAAACAAUUCCAUACCCGCCUUUUGUUCAUACUCACUCGUUGUACUCGGCUUGUGCAGUUUCAAAAAGAAAGUGGCUAUGAAGAAGACCACAUUUUUGCUGCUCACCAGCUUAGUGACCUUGGGGUCUAUCCAGAACGACUUUUUGGGGGUGUCAACCAAGAGAUAAGUAGCAUAAACAGGCAAUCUGACAAAGCAAUUGUACAUGACAAGGAAGAACUGAGCACUGAGCAUGAUCAGGUAGAUGAAUUUUGUGGCAGUAAAAUAGAAAAUCUGGAGGUUAGUACAGCCAAAAGUGUUGCUUCUUCUACUGGAAGCUAUAGAAUGUCAUCAUGGAAGAAGCUUCCAUCUGCAGCAGAAAAAAACCGCAAAGUCCAGGGUUCUGUUGACUCCACUCCCAAGGAGAAGUCUGAUCACCUACAACAUAGAGAAGAAACAGAUAGUUUGGAAAAUCCUGGCAUUCCAGUCAUUCAUCCUGAACAAUCAGACGAAUCCCUGAAAGGACAAAAAGUGACUUGUGUAGACUGGGAUCAACAAAACCUAACCUAUGAAGAUUCAUUCAUCUGCCGCAUAUGUGAGGUGGAAAUACCAACUGUUCAUGUAGAACAGCACUCAAGAAUAUGCACUAUUGCUGAUAGAUGUGAUUUAAAAGGUUUAACAGCGAAUGAAAGACUUGUAAGAGUUGCUGAAACUCUUGAAAGAAUACUGGAAUCAUGGACACCGAAAAGCACAGAAGCUGGGGUGGGAAGCCCUGAUGUUCUAGAAGUUUCUACUUCGAGUAUGCCAGAAGAGUUGGACCCCUUGUCUCCAAAGCAGAACCACUUAACUUGCAGAUGUUCAGUAGACAUGCCAGAUUGUGCAUCUGAGUCUGAUAUCGGGGAUAGCUACAAUAAUUUUCCAGACAUUUCAUGCGAAAUGAACUCCAUAAUACCUUUUGGUAAGAAGGCCUCAUCAAUUGGGAGUUUGACACCUCGAUCACCUCUGGUAACUCCACGGAGAAGCCAAAUUGAGCUGCUGCUCAGUGGACACAAAACCAUAUCUGAGCAUGAGAGUUAUAAGCAAAUAAACAAGCUCUUGGAAAUUGCUCGAUGUGUAGCCAAUGUAAACAAUACUGAUUAUAGCACCUUGGAAUAUAUGCUUGACCGUCUGGAAGACCUAAAAUAUGUCAUUCAAGACAGAAAGGUGGAUGCUCUUAUUGUUGAGACAUUCGGGAGACGUAUUGAAAAAUUGCUGCAGGAGAAAUAUGUAUCUCUAUGUGGGCAGAUUGAGGAUGGAAAGGCAGAAUUAUCAAACAUGAUUGCUGAUGAUGAUAGUUCGAUUGAUGAUGAUACAAUACGGAGUUUGCGUACAAGCCCUAUUAAUCAAUGCUCCAAGGAUCGAACCUCAAUUGAAGAUUUUGAAAUAAUUAAACCUAUCAGUAGAGGGGCUUUUGGACGAGUCUUCCUGGCUAGGAAAAGGGCAACUGGUGACUUAUUUGCCAUAAAGGUUUUAAAAAAGGCUGACAUGAUUCGUAAGAAUGCUGUAGAAAGUAUCUUAGCUGAACGUGACAUCUUAAUAUCUGUUCGCAAUCCCUUCGUGGUCCGCUUUUUCUACUCUUUCACCUGUAGGGAAAAUCUUUAUCUGGUGAUGGAGUACUUAAAUGGAGGGGAUCUUUUUUCAUUGCUUAAGAGUUUAGGCUGCUUGGAUGAAGACAUGGCACGAAUAUAUAUAGCAGAGCUUGUGCUUGCUUUGGAGUACAUGCAUUCCUUAAAUGUCAUUCAUAGAGACUUGAAGCCAGACAACUUGUUGAUAGGUCCAGAUGGCCACAUCAAGUUGACAGAUUUUGGGCUUUCAAAAGUUGGUCUCAUCGACAGCACUGAUGACUUAUCAGGUCCAUUAGCAAGCAAUACGGCUUUUAUUGCUGAGGAUAAGCCAAAAGCCACAGCAAUAUCGUCUGCCAAAAGAGAAGAACGGCAAAAGCAUUCAGUAGUAGGCACCCCUGACUAUUUGGCACCAGAGAUACUCCUGGGGAUGGGACAUGGUGCAACAGCUGAUUGGUGGUCUGUUGGUGUUAUUCUUUAUGAGCUUCUUGUAGGUAUUCCACCUUUUAAUGCAGAACAUCCACAGCAAAUUUUCAACAAUAUCAUGAACAGAGACAUUCCCUGGCCCAAGGUACCAGAGGAAAUGAGUUAUGAAGCACAUGACUUGAUUGACAAAUUGCUAAUUGAAAGCCCGGUUCAGAGAUUAGGUGCAACAGGUUCUAAAGAGGUAAAAGCACAUCCGUUUUUUAAGGAUAUCAACUGGGACACACUGGCUAGGCAGAAGGCUGCAUUUGUACCGUCAGCUGAACCCCAUGACACUAGUUAUUUUAUGAGCCGUUAUAUUUGGAAUCCCGAGGAUGAAAGUGUGCAUGGUGGUAGUGAUUUUGAUGACAUGUUCGAUACUGGCAGCACUUCCUGCAGCAGCAGUUCAAACAGCAACUUACAAGAUGAAGAUGGUGAUGAAUGUGGCAACUUGGCUGAUUUUAGUGCUCCAUCCGCUGAUGUGAAGUAUUCAUUCAGUAAUUUCUCAUUCAAGAACUUGUCUCAGUUGGCUUCUAUCAAUUAUGAUUUGCUUAUAAAGAGUGCCAAAGAAUCAAUUGAAGCUGACAAAACAUAGACUCCGUGACAAAAGACGGUGGCAGAUCGAAUUUUUGCUCUGAAUUCCCUUCUUGCUGCCAGUAUCAGAUUGGAUGACAACCAGGUUGAUCCUGAUUUGAAGAUCUCUGAACUGCUGGCCACCACAAGGACCCCCAGGUAACAAAAAUCAGUUCAUCUUUUGGCAAAAAUUCCACGUCCCACAGGUACUGAAGCAGGAGAGUACUUGGCAGUUUUGGUCUUUAAUUCCGUACUCCUGGACAUUCAACACCAAAAGAAGGACGCCGAAUGCUCUAAAGAUGGUUCGCCCUAACCAAAGAGCAUCAAUCCCUUUUCUUUCUCUCUUUCUCGCUGUUUGUAUUCCCUUUUCUCUGUGGCAGCGAAGUUUUGUUUA